AGCAGUAUAUGACUUUGUCACAUUCAGUUCUGUAUCGAUAAAUCAAAGAAAGUACCACAAUGCAGAGAAGACAAAGAGGAGCAAAUACCGGGCUUCUGCUGUUGUUUGCCCAGAUUUAUCAGUUUGGGUUUAAUAACAUUCCUCCCGUGACUUUGGCCCUGCUGGGACUUAAUAUUUAUCUCUUUUUAAACCCCUUGAAACCCCUGCUUUAUGUUUGUAUCAGCGUACAUGAAGGUUUCCACCACAGGGACUGGGAACGUUUGCUUCUCUCACCUUUUCACCAUGUUGAUGACUGGCAUCUAUAUUUUAAUAUGGUGUCACUCUUAUGGAAAGGAACAAAGCUGGAGAAGAGGCUGGGGAGUGUGUCGUUUGCUGUAAUAGUUGCAGCCUUCUCACAACUGAUUGGCGUGGUUUAUGUUCUGGUUCAGUUACUCCUGGCUGAAUAUAUGAAUGACCCAGCCUAUAAAAUGCAAUGUGCUGUGGGAUUCUCAGGGGUACUUUUUGCUUUAAAGGUUCUGAAUAAUCAUUAUCACCCUGGAGGCUCAACCAAUGUAUUUGGAUUCCAAGUUCCUAACAAGUAUGCUUGCUGGGCCGAGCUAGUGGCAAUUCAUAUACUUUCCCCAGGCACAUCCUUCAUUGGCCACCUCUCUGGUAUAUUAGUCGGCUUAUUAUACACACAUGGACCCCUGGGGUGGAUUCUGAACAGUGCAGGAUCCAUUUUCACUGAAGGCAAUCAACGAAGACAUGAAAGAUUCAACAACUCUGGAUAUGCCAGGUAUCCACAGCAUGAGUACCAAGGAAACCGCUCCGAGAGACCCUAUAAUAUGUACACGGGAGGGCUUAGCGAAGAUGAACAGUUGCAACAAGCCUUGCGGGAGAGUCUUAAUGAAACGGGACAUCGGAGAACUUUACGUCAAGAUGCACAGCAACCAUCUUUGGAUGAGAUCAGAAGACGAAGAUUAAACCGGUUUUAGCAAAUGUCCAAAUUGUGCCU